AUGACGGCUAAAAUUGCUUUUAGGUCUACCUCACCCCGAAACCUCGAAAAAACGGUCUCCGACGCCAAGACCAAUAUCCUCGACAACGUUUCCGUCGCAGACACCGCCGCUGGCCUCGACAAUGGGGACCAAAAGCCUUCCUCUACCGUCUCAGUAUCUGAUGACGUGGUACCAGUUACGCCUGCUACAGGCAAGCGUUCUCCUUCAAACUCGGACGUCGACGACGGGUUGGACGUCCUUCACAAGCGCCCGAGGACUUCUUCAACCCCGGACGACAGGGUCCCCGCUAUUGGCCUUGAUGAGGUACCCAACCCUGCCGAGAUGACCAUGGAUCAAAUUCUCUCUGGAAUCCUGGGUGCUUCUCCUCCAUUGCUCACCGGUGGACAGGUCACUGAAGGACAACUCAUUAUGCCCCGUUUGGAGGUACAACCCGGAGACGACCCUGAACUCUCCGCCGCUGGUUCCGCAGUGGGCACCCCAUUCGACUGGAGUACUCUCCUAGGGCGUGCCACUGCACACUCACCAGACCGACCCUGCGACAAACCAGACUGCCGCUACUGUGUAAAUGCACAGGAAGCCGGUGCCAGGCCACCCAUCAUUGUCCCUCGUUUCGACUUUCACAUCGGUGACGCCCCUGAGGCCCCCUGGACCUCGCUGUUCAACAGAGCCCCCAUUCCCCGCACCAUUUCUACGACCAACCGUCACGACAAUCGUAAUGUUAGAUCUGACCAGCCAGCCAUGGAAGGUGGGAUGCUGCAAGACGAGAUCGAGGCUAUCGACGACGACGCUUCGUCGACGGCCUUGCGCCGCUAUCCCUUGGCAGCGUCAGACCGUAGAAGUGACCUUUAUGAAGUGUUCGCCCCCCGCCGAGGUGGGACUGGAGAAGGGGCCAGGGCCGACAGCGACAAGGAUGUGAAAGGCAAGACUCGCGGAAUCGAAGGCAAUGACAAUGAUGGGUCGAUGGUAGGUCCUAUGUCUCCCGGUUCAGGUCAAUCAAUGCGGGGAGAGAUGGAAGCUUACCUCCUGGCUCUUCUCAAGGCCAGGGAAGACCUCGCCAGACAAGAGGCCCAAGUCCUCAACGAACUCAGGGCGCUUGGUGUCGCCAUUCCCUCCAGUGAUUCCAACACUCAAUCUCGCGACGAACCACCAUUCCGUUUGCCCGGCCUUGACUUUUCGUCACUUCUUCGCUACACCCCUCCUCAGCAUCAGCUGGACGAGGACGACGACCCCAUUCUGCAAAUGGUCCUUGAAGAAUCACGUCGGACUGCCAACGCAGGACGAUCUGCCAGGACCUCUGGCGCUUCUACUCCAAGUGAAGCGGGCCCCUCUCGUGUGACCUUGGAAGACUUGGAACGCAUGGGCAAGUAA